GCUGUCCCUGGGGCACGGGCGCGGGCGCGGGGAACGGGGCUCUUUUCGCUGGCUGGGGCCACACGAACUGGCAGGUUUCAGAUGUGCCCCGGGCGCCGGGCCCGGGAUCAACGAGGGGCGGCGGGCCCCUGUUGGUUCAGGGACCCUGCCGCCACUCCGUGCGACCCGGCCAGGCCUUCCUGGGAGUCCUCCAGGGCUGGGAGUGCUCCUCUGGGCGGUCAACCUCGUCAUCCACUAGCUCUCGCGGACCUGGUCCCUAAUGCUGGCAUCAGAUUUUAGAUCAGCAUUUAGACUUUCCAGGGACAUGUCAAGCCUGCCGUUUCCUCAAGUGCCCCGAUUUCUCGUAUCGCUUUACUCAUAGGCCCUCUUUAGGUGGUUCCCGGAAUUAUUACAGAGGGAGAAAAAAAAUCUGGAAUCUGAGACACAGACUCCAGAUAAACUGUAAACUUCUGGAAGAGGUGAUGGCUGUGGCUCUGGGUUGUGCAAUCCAGGCCUCCUUGAAUCAGGGCUCUGUGCUGCAAGAGUAUGACACUGACUGUGAAGUCUUCAGACAACGUUUCAGGCAAUUCCAGUACACAGAAGCAGCUGGGCCUCAUGAAGCAUUCAACAAACUCUGGGAGCUGUGCUGUCAGUGGCUGAAGCCAAAGAUGCGGUCAAAGGAACAAAUCCUGGAGUUGUUGGUGCUGGAGCAGUUCCUAACUAUUCUUCCCACAGAGAUAGAGACCUGGGUGAGGGAACACUGCCCAGACAAUAGAGAAAGAGUUGUGUCUCUGAUUGAAGAUUUACAGAGAGAGCUUGAAAUACCAGAACCUCAGAUUGAUGUGGAUGACAUGCUCUUGGAAGAAUUGGCACCAGUUGGAACAGUACCAAUGCCACCAAACCUGCAUCUGGAUACACCUGAACUCCAGGUGAUGGAACCUGUCCAGGAUCCCCCAGUACCAGAGGCCUGGAUUCCACAAGCGGGGCCACAGGAUCUGAACUACAGUGCCAGUGGUGAAUGCCAGUCCUUUUUAGACCCUGGAUAUCAGUUGCCAAAGCUUGACAUGAACUUUCAAUUAGAUCAUAGAGAAGAGUCAUGGGUAAAAGAAUUAGAGGAUCCGAAAGAAAUGAAACAAUUACUUGAUUCCAAGAUUGGUUUUGAGAUCGGGAUAGAAAAUGAUGAAGAUGCUUCAAAACAGAAAAAGCUGGAAAAUAUGUAUCCAUUUAUUGUAACUUUAGAAGGGAAUGCUCUCCAUGGUCCCAUUUUGCAAAAGGACUAUGUCCAGUUAGAAAAUCAGUGGGAACCACCCCCAGAGGAUUUACAGACAGAUUUAACCAAACUUGUAGAUCCUCCGAACCCCACUGUAGGAGAGACACCUGAGAGCUCCAACGUGGAAGAACCUCUCAACCCUAAGCCUCCAAAGAAGAAGAGUCCUGGGGAGAAACCUCAUCGAUGUCCUCAGUGUGGAAAAUGUUUUGCUCGGAAGUCACAACUUACCGGGCACCAGAGAAUUCAUUCAGGAGAGGAACCUCACAAGUGCCCUGAAUGUGGAAAAAGGUUCCUUCGAAGUUCAGACCUUCAUAGACACCAACGACUUCAUACAGGAGAGAGACCCUAUGAAUGUACUGUAUGUAAGAAGCGAUUCACUCGGCGAUCACACCUAAUUGGGCACCAGAGAACCCAUUCUGAAGAAGAAACAUAUAAGUGUCUUGAGUGUGGGAAAAGUUUUUGUCAUGGAUCAAGUCUUAAAAGACAUCUGAAGACUCAUACUGGUGAAAAACCUCACAGAUGUCAUAAUUGCGGGAAAAGUUUCAGUCGACUGACAGCGCUUACUUUGCACCAGAGAACACACACAGAAGAGAGACCUUUUAAAUGUAAUUACUGUGGGAAGAGCUUUAGACAGAGACCAAGCCUUGUAAUUCAUUUAAGAAUUCAUACAGGGGAAAAGCCAUACAAGUGCAGUCAUUGUUCUAAAAGCUUCAGACAGAGAGCAUGCCUUAUUAUGCACCAGGUCACUCACUUUAGGGGACUUCUUUAAGAAGUGUGAAGAGAAUCAGGCCCUAUAGAAAUUAAUACUAGCUUGAAAAACUUAGAGCCUGAAGCAGCUUAUCUUGAAAGAACUUCUUUGUUUGAACUUUAUGUACAGCUUUUGGGGGUGCUAUUUUUCAGGCCAUUCUUUCAAAGCAUGUGAGUUGUAGAGUCUCUACCUUUUCCUGUAACUUUUUCCUGAAUUUAAUUCAUCCUGUCUUUUUUAUUACAGUGGAAAUAAUGUGUUCUAAGGCAACCAUUUGAGAAGCAUAAGUACACAGCAUCUAAAUAAUGAUGGCAGUCCUUUCUAGGUAGGACCAGUAUGAUGGAGGGAUAACCUUGUCUAUCAUAGCGUACCACACUUGUUCUGAUGUAUGAUUAUUAAAGGUGAUUAUGUAAGAGAAGCAUUUAGAUGGGCCCCAAGUAGCUAGAAAUGAGGCAGUGAAUUUUGCCAAACAAUAAAGAUGAGCAUGAUGAUGAAGAAGAUGCUAUUUGCCUGGGAGGAACAAGGUUGUUUCUAUUCAAAUGUGGAUGCUUAAAGAAGUUAAGAUUUUAACUUUGGAACUUCGCAAACUUUGCUGGUCUGUUUCGUUGGCAGUCUGUGGUGAUGGUGAUUAGAGUGGAGUAUUAUGUUUCUUAAUCGUGUGCUAGGCUUAGCAUAAAUAACUUGACAGUUGAAAUUGUACCAAUAGAGUCUAAUUGUAUUUAGAUGGACUAAACCAGUAUCCAUGGAUUUUCAUUUUCCUUUGGUAGUCAGUCAUUUCUUCAAUGCUUUUGAAGUUUUAUCCAUUCUCUAAUUCUGUAUCUUCUGAAGUAAGUGUCAUAGAAUACUUAGUUCUGUGAGAUGUACUGCAAAUAAUUUUGAUAAUUGCUUCUAGCUGUUUACCCUUCCUAAAUUCAGGAUGCUUAUCAGCAUAUGAGACUCUUGGAAAGGUCCUAGUCUAGUAAAGGAGGAUGAGGCACCUCUUUUGUCUCAAUGUUUUCCAAAUUUAUUUGACCCAAGAACCUUUUUCAUCUAUGCUUAGUAAUAACUUGCAGAACUAGUGUUCUGUGUGUAUCACUUGGGACAUACUGCCUUAAACAAGUAUCUGUACAAUUAUCAGUGUAGUCCUGUUGCUCCAAACCUAGUUAUUUCCAGCUUCAAGGAAAAAAAUUCUUUACUCUUUUGUAUAAUACACACAUAAAAUUUCAAGAGGGGAAGAUCACUAAUUCAUGUAAUUUAUGAGUUGCCCAGUGAUUUUCAGAUUCUUUGGAUUUUACUUUACUUACACACACACACACACGCACACACACACACACACACACUCAUACCUAUUUAGGGGGUGAAGGUUACUAAUUCACAUGAUGUGUAAGUUGUCCAGUGAUUCUGUACAUUUUUAAAAUUUUUACUUAUAACCUCUCUGUAGCUGUCUCCAUCUGUCUGUUUCUCUCCUACACACACACACACACACACACACACACACACACACACACACACACACACACACACACACACACACACACUACACACAGAGUUGCUACUUAUAUAAGUGUUCUCAUGUAUUCAUAGUAACAACUCAAAUUCCAUACUUAGGGAGGAGGUCUCAUUAUCAGUUAAAGCUGUUGGCAUGUGAAGAUAUUCACUGAGCUUAAUUCCUUGUUAUUAGAUAUAAGAAAUGGGACAUUCAAGUGUAUUCCCUUUAUGAAGAUACCCAGUCAUCCUUAAACUAGAUCUAGGGAACAUAUAUCUCUUCUAUUGCAUUGAAGUUCUUGGAAAUGAUAUCUAAGUAUCUGGCAGGUAUGUACUAUGUGCCUAGCUUGUACUGUUCUAGGCUUAAUGGGAGCUAGUAGUAAAAUGUGAUUCAUGUGUAACACUCAUAAAGACUUUUUAAUAUCUCUGGUUAAACAAGAGUUGGGAAUAAAUGGAGAACAAUACAAGAGAGUUUAUAAUUAAGUGCCAAAUCAUAUCAAGUGCCAGAGCCAGGAUGUAUCUUUAAUUCUUGGCAUCCAGGUCCCUGUAUGAUGCUGCUAUAAAGUCUGGGAUUAAAAUUAGACCCCAGUAACAAUAAACGUGAAACACCAGAGGAGUCUGAAUGUAGAGAUUAAAAGUACAGAUUGUAAUGGCUUUUCUUUCUCUCUUGUAGAAUUGCAUUCAAACCAGAACAGUGCCUUAGAAUGGAUGUGCCCAACUGCUCUGUAUUUAUACACUAUUUUAAUAAAGUGGAAAUAUAUAUGUAUAGAUAGAUAUAUACUCUUUCUGCUUCUCUUGCAUAAAGUAAUUAUUUGAAUAGCUUUGAGCUAUUUCCCUAAACACUGGCAUCAAGCACUAUAGUAGACUUCUACAUGCUCACCAUGGUUUGGAAUCCCUUUUCUGACUGCAAUCCUAGUGCUGUGGCUAGGCAUUACUUUUAGCUUUUAAUACAGUUGAUUUUAGCUAGUAGGGUUAGUUGCAAUCAUAGUGUGAACUGCAUUCUCCCCUCCUCUAUAUCAUGACUAGAUCUUUACAGGGUAGAAAACAUCUUGUAUUUACCUCUUUGUUGCUCUGCCCUGUAUAUAAUAACCAUUAAUAAACAUUUGUGGCAUUAAAUCAAGAAACAUGUGAAGUAGUUCUUGGAAACAGAUGACAUAGUUAGAACAUUGCAUGCAUAUGCCUAAUUAGGGAAUAUACAGGACCUACCUCCUAUCAUAAAGGGUAAUGAACAGUACUCAACUUAAGUACUCUGAAGAUUAAAUGAAAUAUAUUUUGUUCAGGCCCUACACAGUAUAAGCGUUAAUAAAUAUCCAGAAUGUUGUAUUUUCAUUGUUUUUACUGUAAUAAUAAAAACAUUUAAGACUA